AUGUCGCUCCGAUCGCUUCUGCUCUCGCUGUCUGCCUCGGUGGCAUCGGCGACCAACCUCUAUGCCACCCACUACAGCGGCACCGUCUACUCGCUGUCAUUGACUCACAGCAGCAAUGGCAGUAGCCUGGCCAUCUCCUCGGAGAUCCAGGGCUGUGGCCCCAUGCCCAGCUGGCUGACCCUCGACCCGGUCUCGCGCAUCAUCUACUGCAACGACGAGACAGGCGACGCCUCGACCAACGGCUCUCUCAACGCUCUCUCCGCCUCGGCCGAUGGAACUCUGAAGCUGAUCGCCAGCACCGACGCAGCCCCCGGCGGCGGCGUCAACAGCGUCAUCUACACCGGCGAGCACGGCGCCCAAUUCCUGGCCGUUGCACACUACGGCGGCUCGGCCCUCUCGACGUACGCCCUCCCCCUCACCACCAACGCGCAACCGCUCCAAGUCUUCCGCUUCACCUUUUCCGAUGUCAAUCCCAACCGCCGCCCGCAACAAGACGCCCCCCACCCCCACCAAGUCUUCCUCGACCCAACCGGGUCAUUCAUCCUGGUCCCUGACCUGGGAUCGGACCUCCUCCGCGUCUACGGCAUCGACAAAGCGACGGGCAAACUGAAAACCGACUGCACCGACCUGACCUACCCGACCGGCAGCGGCCCGCGUCACGGUCUCUUCUGGGAGACGGCUGACGACCACCACAGCAUCCUGACCACCAACCUGCCCUCCCAACAACGCACGCAAACCCGUCGCAGUCGCGAGCGCCGCAGCCAGAACCAGGUCCAGCAGCAAGGCGCCGCCACGCUGUACACCGCCAACGAGCUCGACGGCCACCUCAAGGUCUUCGACGUCUCCUACGUCGCCGACGGGUGUCUUUCGUUCCGCCAGCGCCAGUCCCUUGUGCCCUACCCGACCACCAACGACUCCCUCCCCACCGGCGCUACCUUGGCGGAGAUCCGCAGGGCCGGGUCGGAGGGGCUGUACGUCUCAGUGCGUUCCGAUCACGGGUUCAAGCCUUUCGACAGCCUCGCCACGUUGACGCGCCACGAGAACGCAACUGUGGAGUUUGACAGGCUGAGUUCCGCGUACGGAACGGUGCCGCGGACGUUCGUGAUCAACAAGGCGGGCGACCUCGUGGCGAUCGGAGACCAGGCGAGCUCGAAUGUGGUGAUUGUGGCGCGCGAUCCGGUGACCGGGGUGUUGGGCGAGAAGGUCGCGGAUUUGCAGGUCGGGGAGCCUGGAGAGGUCGGGACGGCGCAGGGGUUGAGCAGUGUGAUCUGGGAUGAGUGA